GCUUCUCUGCUGAGUCCCACUCCAGCCUGGAGCAGCUCUGAGUGUCGUCCAGGCUGAAAGCAUCGGAGCUAUUUCAGACACAUUAAAAGGGUCACAGUCAAUACCUCAGCUGGUGGAAGAAGGUACCUCUUUCAGCAUCAAAAGAAGGGAUAAGCCUCUGUCUUAAAAAUGUCAAAACAGCCAGCGUCACAUGUCAAAGCCAUUCAGGCUAAUAUUAACAUCCCAAUGGGUGCAUUUCGACCUGGUGCAGGCCACCCUCAUAAAAGAAAAGAACUUACACCUGAAGAAGUGGACGAAAGUGUUCCUGCUUCGACAGAGGAGGAGAAAGACAAGAAACAUCUCCCAGGAGCUAGGAAACUUCCAGGUCCUGCUGUCAACUUGUCAGAGAUUCAGAACAUAAAGAGUGAGCUGAAGUAUGUUCCCAAAGCUGAACAGUAGCUGCAACAAGAAGGGACAAAUGAAAGACAACAGUCUGCCUUUCCAGGGUUCAAACUCAUGGCUUUUGAAAGUCUAACCAGUCAACACCUAGGGCAUCAACUUUUCUCCUCAGCCAUUAAAGUUGCAUGAGAAAUAGGAAAUAUUUACAAUAAAAAAUGAAUGUCAGAACUGGCAUCCUGAAUACUAUGUGAAUUCUUAAGGAUAAUGAAAUAAAAAUCUUCAGACAAUAUUAGAGUCUGAUAGGAAGUGAAAAAUCAGGCAGCAUGGAAGCUAAGAGUGAGUGUUUAUGUGUUUGUCAUUGCAUAUGAAUUAACAUACUGCACAAUCUGCUUUAUAUUGUGUUCCCUGAAUGUUAUGAUUUAUAACAAUUUAUAAAUAAUUUAUAAACAAUUUAUACCAUCUCAUAUUUGCAAAAUUAUGUGUGGUUACAAAACUGACACAGCAAUGCUGAAUCAUCUUUUCUACAUGUCAGUAAGCUUCUGAAAUAGUCUAUCUCACUUUAAGUAUAGGGGAAGGAAAACUUUGUACCAAUAUCUUAAUUUUUGAAUAUGAAUAACCACAAUUAGACUUCAUGCUCAGUCUUGACUGAUUAACUGAUGCUUAUGUGGGUCAUUAUCAACUCAAUAUUAUUUUAAUAUGUGGCUUUUUAUCAGUUCCUCAACUUUCUUGAAAAGAAGAAAGCCAUUGACUCCACAAAUGUCAGCUGGCAAUAAAGACCAAGGCACUUUAGAAAUGCCAUUAGUGAGGGCACAUACUUGAGGUCUUCAUAGGAAUCAGCAGCAUGUCAGAUAUUUCACUUUCCUCAGCUUUUGUCCUUGAAUCUCUACCAUCAGCUAAAAAAUAAAAAUUCUUAAUCUUUUGUAUUUUUAAUUUAAAAAAUACAAAUAAUUUUUAAACCCUUCUCUGUAUGUGAAAAUCAGGCAGAUACCAAGCAGUGUUGCUUAGUGUUGGGUGUGUGUCUCUAGAGAAAAUGGCAGCUUAUCAGGAGUUUUAAGUGGCAGCAGCAUGACAAUAGCAAAAGACAUGAGCAUUCAGGUGUGAAAUCAUAGAGCCUUUCCAGCAGCAGCAUUUUGCUGUGUGCUGUGUUGCAUUCAGAUUUGUGAAAAAGUUUUGUACAUAAUUUAGAGUAAAACUUUAAUAUUUGAUUAGAGAGCUAACUCAAAUUAAGUGCCAGCGUAAAAGAAGUCCAAGGUCAGUGCCUUCCUCCAGGAUCUUUUUUGUAUACUAAAACAACUUGAAAAUCAUUGUUUGUAAUUUAAUUAUGUAGCAUGGUUAUGCAAUUUAGAGUUUAUAAGGCAUGAGGCAGCACAAUCUUAAGGGUGAUAGCCCACUCCUACAUUGGCUUUUAUUGCACUGUUUGAAGGACUACAAUAAGACUGCUGAAAGAUUUCAACUGGAAGAAUCUUUACCCUACCGUAAAAAUGUCAAUAAAGAUAACAUCAUCUUUCUCCAAACUUCAGUCUCCCUGAAUCAAAUAUUUUUCCAGAAAAAUAAAACUGAGUGGCCUGAAUUUUCACAGAAAAGCACCAGACAUCUGGGGAUUUUCAAUCUCCUGAGAAUGUAUGAAAAUUUUUAAACUAAACUUUUGUCAAGAAGCUUUGUUUUGUUGUAUUUCCAGCUUCUUGUCCACCCCAAAUAAUUUUCUAAGUAAUUCCAACACCCGUCAUUCAGCAGCUUCAAACCCUUGAUGCUAUGGGUCUGGUGCAGACUCUGGCCAUUAAGAUCAUUACAAAAUUUUAUAGUCCAAGCUGUUGACUGAGGAUUUGCAAGGCUGUGAGAUGGCUCACGAGAUGUCCUCCUUCACUGCCGGGCACAGCUCCUGGUGUUGGCUGGCCCAUGCAGCUGUUUGUGGCUCUCUCUCAGCUGGGUGCCCUUCCAAGGCACAUGUAAGGCUGGUGGGCUUAAGUUUCUGCUGGAGUGAAUGGAGCUGCCACGAGAGCAGCAAGGUUUUGAGAAGUGCAAAAUGCCUUUGGUCCCCCUGCUUUUACUGCCCUAUGCAGGACACGAAAGGGUUUGACUUUUUGGAGCUACAGUGUUAGUGGUGGAUUACCUCAUGAUCAAAUGCAAAGGCUGUGACCCCCACACUCAUAAGUUACUUUUGAAACAAUCCAGGAAUUCUGUAUUUUAGCUUUAUAAUAAUUUGACCAUGUUUAAUCCAAGUUACACAGUGCAGUACCAGUCACUGUGUUCUUGUCUCUUGUACUUUAGCUGCAGACACAAAUGAAUUUUCUCCAAGUCAUCUCUGUGGUGGGCUACCAAGUGCUGACUACAGGGAGUCUCUGCAGCAAGAGCACUCACCACCAUAUACAUUUUCUCCUAGCUGGAAGCUUUGUUUUCGGAGACACAUCCUGGCUGAGAAACCCCAGUCAUGCAAUUAACUCUCAGCAGGUGCAUUUCAUAUUGCAUCAGUGAAUGCCUCCUUACAGAGCCUUCACCACCCUCAGUACAACAAAGAUGUCCCAUUGUGUUAGAUGUCACAGCUUUUUUUGACUUUCUUGUUUAGUAAUAGAUUUUUAUUGCUUUUUUUUUUUUAUUUUACCAAUCACUUUUCUUUUAUUUCUAAUAGUGCCUAGCCUGGUCCCUUCUGUAUAUACCUUUGUCCUGUAGACAUCACAAUUACCAGUCCAUAAGGGGACCUAGCAAUAUCUUUUCAUUUUCACAGUGCACCUCCACCCAGGUGCAUUUCUACUGGCUAUUUUUCAUCCUGUGCCUGCAAGCUGCUAAGUGGUUUUGGUUAUCAUUGGAGAAAUCAAUGGGAUUUAUAGCACCUCAAAAGAGGUAAUAGGCACUUUGCAGGAUCAGCGAUUAGGCCUUGGCUUCCUUACUGAUGAAUUUGCUACAACCAUAAUUCCUGAAGUUUUACUGUCUGCUGUUAUAGGGAAGGAAAAUGAAAUACAACUAAACUGUCCAAGAAAUUCUUUUCAAAUCUCAGUGCCAUAAAUUUUUUGCUAAUUAAGCUCUUUAAGUCUUCUGGCUUCAUUAACAGAUGUUAAUGAAGUGUUAUUUGGGUGUUCUUGUUCUAUGGUCAGGACAAUACCUUAAAAAGGGGACCAAGUCCUUGACUGAUGCCUACCCUGGAAAUCAGAUGCUUUUUAAGCAGAGGUGCUAUAGGUGAAUGAGAAUGGCUUGGCAUAAACUCUGAAAACAAUUUUCCACCUAUAUUGAUAAAUUAUUGCAAAGAAUAAUAAUUACAGACACAUGCAUGAACUUAGCAGGGCUUAGUAAAAUGCUACAAAGGAAAAGCUUUUUUUUCCUUCAGAAGGCACUAAUUUAAAAAGUGCUGCAGCAUAGUUCUCAUUAGCAGAGGUAGAAAAAGCCUCUGCAGCUCCUCAUCAACAACUUUAAUUACAGCAUAGGUAUAUAUUGCUUAAUCUUUGCUUCCUAUUGUGAAUCACAAGUGGCCUCAUACAGUCCCAAAGCAACUGAAGAUGGGUCUGCAAAACCUUUUUAUAGGGAUGACACUUUAAUUUAUGAGAAUUUGUAGGGAAAAUGUUAAUGAAAAGCAGAAAAUUGAAAUGAAAACUUGAAUUUAAUGUGAGGUAAGCAUUUGUUACAGCCACUGUGCUUCAAGACAUGCAAACUGUGGAGAGAAAAGUUAAGGGUAGCUCCAGAAAACGUCACUGCAGCAGUAGUAAUACCAUUAACUGGUAUAGAAAGUAUAUCAGAAUUUAUAUAGGUUUUCUUUGUAAUACAUUUUGAAGUGUUAUGCAUAAUCAGUACUUAAAAAUUCAGUCUCUUUAUGAACUGUUUGGAUAGGAUAAACUUCUUUGGAUGCUUUCCCACCUUUAAGAAAUUGUUGAUUUUUAUCAGUGUCUAUAGUGAAUCCAUAAGCUAAAAAAUCCAUGCUCAUCAAGGUGCUACUUCAUCUAAAUGACAACUAGCAGCCCACCACAUGAUGUUUUAGGCAGCUUUCUCAUCUCAGGCAAGAGAUGCCCAAACAAAAGUAAAACUAUGACUGGUAAAGCUAAAGAGAUAAAAGUUCAGAACACAUUUCCAUGCUCUAGAGAUUGUAGUGUUUGUAACACAUUAUAAAUCUCAAACCUUUGAAGCAGUACUAGUCAAGAAGUAAGGAUAUUUGUUUACGGGAAGAAGUUCUUUAUUUUUCACUGAAAAUGCUGAAGUGGGAAGGGUUUUUUCACAUUUGAAACUGCUACUAAUUGCAACAUUUUAGACUGUUAGGAGCCACAUAGAUAAGCAUUGGGGUCAUCAGCAUCUAGGUUCCACUUACCAAAAAAAAAAAAAAGGCAGUAUGACAAGUAUCAUGACUUUACUGACAUUAGGUCUUUCAGAGAAAAAAAAAUUUAGAAUUCAUAUUGGUCUGAAAGAUUUCAGUUCGACAGCUGUCAUUUCAGAGCCACUGGGCUAAAUUGUCUCUCUUUUGCAAGUUCCUUUGCUGACAAAGCUUUGUGUCAGUGCAGGUAACAAGACAUUUUGACAACAGUAUAACACAAGGAACGUUUUCACUUGACUGUUUUUCUGUCUUAAAUGAAAGGGUCUAUUGUGGUUGACUAGACAUGCUGUUACACAGUACUCGGCUUUGUGUGCAUUACUGAGCUGCAAACAGUUCAAAGGGUCAAAACUGUCCUUAACUCCCCAUGUCAUACUGUCUGAACCCAGAUGUAAAUUAGAGGAACAACAUAUGUAUGAGAGAGAGAGUAUAGGGCUUUCAAUAAUUUCUUCAUUGUGAAGAUAAGCAAAAUUCAUUGUCAAAAGUAUUAUUUUUGCAUUUUGGUGGAAAAUAUAAAUAUAUUUUCUCUAUUAUUCUUUGUCAGACAAAUUGAAAGAAUAGAAUUAUGUCCUGUUUUGUUUUGAAACUCUGUAUGUAUGUGUAUGUGUAACCUACAUCUACAUUUUCAUUGCUUCCCCACAUAUUUCAAUGGAUUGUAGGUAAAGAGCCAAAAAAAAAAAAAAGGCAUAGAUUAUUUAAUCAUUCCAGCAUUGCACAGGGACACAGAACAGUUGAGAUUGGAAGGGACCUCUGGAAGUCAUCUGGUUCAGCCUCACUGCUCAAUAGGGCCACCUUGUGCUGCCUGCCCAGGACCCUGCCCAGAAAAUAUACAGGAGAGAAAAUAUAUUUUAAAAGACAUAUGAUAGAUGCUCAGAUAUAUGAGAAUUGUUCUUAUUAUCCUGGCAGAAACAUAACAAAUGUGUUGAAAUAGUUUACAAAAAACAUGCAAAAAAGCAUAGUUUAAUUUAAAGUGGGCUCUUCCAUUUGGUUGACCAGUUACUGUUGCAAAGGAGUCAAGGGAUGAACUCCCCUUUGCAAUUUAAACCUCUCUCUGGCAUCCCCUCACAGUAUUAAUGUGUUAACCUGGAGCACAUUUGACUUCCUACUCUUCUUCUGCCAUCUGUGUGCAUAGCGAUCCCAACAUGAUAUAAAUAUCAAAGUAGUUUCAUGGGAGAUGAUCAUAACAAGUGGUGCCCAAUGAAGGGAAGUGAGGGCAGAUGAAUUAAAGCAGAUCCCUUGGCACUUCAGGUUACUGUCUCCGAAAGGUCAAGGCUUUUACCAGAUGUGUAGGAGAAUUAGAGAGUCUAAGGAGAUAGUCUGGCUUUAUUUCACAUUGACAAUUCACUGGAGCAAUCAAAGAAGACAUGUCCCUGGAUUUACCUUUUGCCCAGGUUUUUCCUUCUGAAGAUCAGUGUGUUUGUAAUUCUAGGCUAAUUCUGCUCCAGACUAACAGAAGUUCAUGACCUCUAUCCCCUUCUUACCUUACUGUAACCGAUACCCUUUUCAUUCCCAGUGUGCUAUUUGCUAGGAAUGGCCAGAUGUCUUUUAAAUGACAUCAUGGGAACAAAACUCUUUCCUGGGUCUACAAACUCCAUAAGAAGUCAUUACCUUCAUUUCUCACUUGAGCUUUUGAAGGGGCUUUUUUUAACCCUUUUUAUAAAUUUUUUGAAACAGUGCAAAAUUUUCUUCAAGCAGCCAUACCUGUCAUCUGUGUGCAACUCACAUGAUAUGUAAAGAACACUUUCAGGUGAUUGGAAUCUUUAGAGUUUGGAUGAUUUAAACCGUAUUUCACAGCCUGGUUAAUUGGUAUUGUAAAGACAAGAAUAAGUUCUCCAACUGUAACCUCCCUAUCUGCUCCCAGAGUGCUUCUUGCUGCCUCUUUUUAGGUGUUGCAUGUAUGACUGUGAGAGUGGUGAGUAAGAGAUCUAUAAAUGGGUUCUAAUGAGGAGUAAACAUCAUGUGGUCGUUCAGUUUGGAAGCUUGUUGAGUGGGAGGCAUUUACUGAACCUUGGUGCACUUGCUAUAAUCACUGAUCUUCUAUGAAGUGCUGAUGUCUGUUUUCUCCUUUGUAAAGUUGUUUCUUAUAAAAGAGGAUGCCUUAACAGAAUCUUAGGGUUAAAUAUAUAAGGCUGGAAACUGUUGAAAUAAAUAAAGAAAAAAUGUAUUUAUUGCCCAGGUGAUUCAUGCCUUGUCUAUUAGCACCAAAUGUGGUCAUUUUACUGCAUUUAUGAAAGGCAAAAUAUGGAUUCAUUUCAUAUUUCUUCUUUUAGCUAGCAUGCUCUAUAAGAACAGAAAACACUGACAGUUGGAAUCAUUGUUGCUUUUUUAAGAAUAAAUCUUUUAUCUGCUUGCUGUUAA